AUGUCUUAUACUAAUUUUGUUAAUAAAGAAGAUAUCAUCUAUGAAGAAGAUCUUGUUUCGGAGGAAGAUAAUACAGAAAUAUAUAUUACAAAAAAUAUCACAGUUAAAACGAUAAUUCACUCAUUAACUCCAUUAGAAUACCCACCAACUAGUGAAGAAGGAACUGCAUUAAUUUAUCAUGUUGAAGGGUGGCAAAAUAUAGAAAUGGCAUUUGAAGAUGUUCAGUAUUCUAUGGGUUUGCCUUGUGGCCAAAAUAAAACAACUUGUACAUAUCUUGGUGAUAUUGCUGUAAUUAAAAAAGAUAGAACAUGCCACGGAGUAAAUAUUUGUGAAUUUGCAGUUCCAGAACUUCGGGAAAUGGAACACAAGUUGGUAGAUCCUAACUCAGAUUUACGUUUAAGAAUGAGUAAAGAGUUAUCAACUGAUAAUGUGAAUUAUAACACUUUUGCUAUUAAAGAAAAUGUAGACCUUAACUUACUUCAACAACUUUUAAAUGGAUUAUAUGAGGGAGAAACGGAUGAACCAGUAAAUAAUUGUUAUUUAGUAUUCAGCAAUAGUACGAAAAGAAUAUAUUGUCCACAUCCACAUCGUUCAGAAAAUACCAUUACUCAAGGAAAGCUUAUGAAAAAAUUAUGUGAAGUUAGAUUUUCUAAACUAAUUCCUGUUGAUAUUAAAAGCUGUCCAUUUGUGAUCCUUAUAUCAAAAGGAAUUCAUACUCAUCCUCCGCCACCUCCAAACCAAGUACCUGUUACUAUUCUUACACGUCUACAAGAAUUAAUUCACCAAGCAAAUAAUGAUAAUUCUGAUGUUACUCCAACUCAUAUUAUAACAGGAAAUUUAAUUAAAACUUAUUUUGGCGUUGAAUAUCUUUCUGAUAUACAUGCAUCAUUAAAUAAUACUGAUCUUCUUCGGUAUUAUUUUGAUAAGAUUCAGAAAGAAAUUCAUCCACAAGGGCAAGGAUUGCUAGGAGUUGUUUACAAUUAUUCACGUAAUAUUAAUAAUUUUCGUGAUUAUGUAAAUCGUUUAGAAUUCUUUGAAGAUGAACAUGUAAUAAUUUUUUGUACAACUUCUGAACAAUUAAAUGAAUGGAUAAAGUGCAAACAUUUUCAAAUCGAUUUGUCUUUCAAGCGUGUAAUGGGUGAAAUAAAUGAAUUUGAGAUUAAUUAUUAUAGUAAUGAACAUAACUUGAUUCUUACAUUUGCCCGAGUGUUUACUAAUCGUGCAACAACUAUUGCGUAUCAAAGAAUUUUUCACGUUUUAUUUGAUCUUGUAUUACAAUUAAUGGGUUUACCCCCUCAGUUUAAACAUAUUCAUGGAUCUGGUUGGAAUUGCAUCAUUGCAGAUCUUGAUUAUGCCCAAGCAAAAGGACUUGGAUUGGCUCUAAAUGAAAUUGAUAAUACAAAGGACUGGGAGGAACAUUUGGUUCAUAUUUUUAGAUCUUGUUUAGUCCAUUAUAAAAGAAAAAUUUGGGAAAAGGAUUACAAUGAUAUUGUAAAGAACAAAAUGGUUGCACUUCUUACAGCUGAAUCAGAAAGUGCAAUUAAUCAAGUAUUUGAUGAUAUUCAAGCAAUUGAAGAGGAUGCUGCAGAUUGGAUUACGUUCUAUCGUCAAAAAUGGGUUAUUGCGUCACUUAAUAAAUCCAUGUCAAAAAUUGCUAAUGAUGUUUGGAUAACAUCACCUGAUAAUACAAAUGUAGCAGAAUCGGCUCAUGCGCUAAGCAAUCUACGUGGAAGAGAUCUUAAAUUGUUAACGGCUAUUUUACAUGGUCAAAAAUUAGAUAAAGAAAGAUUUACUACCAUUUAUGUUCACCAAAAAUAUAAUAUACCAAAUAAAGGAUGUGAUAAAGGUCUGAUUUCACGUAAUGUUAUGUCCAAUAAACGUAAUGCUAAGAAGUUGACGAAAGUAGUUCCUACCAAAUGUAAACAAAAUGAACAUACAGGUUCUAAUAAGAAAACUAAAACAAAUAUUAUUGAAAUUGAAGAGUAUGAUAAAGAGAAUAUAUGUACGAUUUCUAGCAUAAAGAUUAAAACAAGAAAUGGUACUGAAGGGGAUGAUAAAGAAAGUGAAUUUACUUUAAAAUUUAGUGAGCUUGAAUUUCAAGAACGAGCUUUAGCUUUAAGGGAACGUGAACUUAUUUUAAGAGAAAAAGAAGCAAAAAUUCGUGAAAUGGAAUUAUCACUUGCAGAAAAAGAACAUGUGUUAAAUUCUACUAAAUAG